GGCGUGGCCGGUGAGCGGGACCGGGGGGUUCCGGAGGGGCUCGCUCGGACCCUCCCCGAUCCCAAAGGCAGCGAUUCCCCCCAUGGAGAAAGAUCCAGAACCGCAGCGAGACCCCCCAGGAGGCUCCGGUACCGCCCCGAGCACCGACGCGCCGGGGGCCGGGGAUGGCACCGAGAGGGAGAAGGCGCUGGGAGGAGGUGGGGACGAGGACAAGGACAAGGACAAGGACAAGGACAAGGAGGAGGACAAGGAGAAGGAGAAGGAGGAAGAGGAGGCUUUCCUCGUCAGCCUCUACAAGUUCAUGAAGGAGCGGCGCACGCCCAUCGAGAGGAUCCCGCACCUCGGAUUCAAACAGAUUGACCUCUGGAAGAUUUACAAGGCCGUGGAGAAGUUGGGAGCCUACGAGCUGGUGACGGGCCGCCGGCUCUGGAAGAACGUGUACGACGAGCUCGGGGGCAGCCCCGGCAGCACCAGCGCCGCCACCUGCACCCGGCGCCACUACGAGAGGCUCGUCCUCCCCUACGUGCGGCACCUGAAGGGCGAGGAGGACAAACCGCUGCCCCCCAGCAAGCCCCGGCGGCAGUACAAGGUGUCCAAGGACGACAGGAGCAAGAGGAGCAGGAAGGAGAAGGGACGGGAGCAGUUGGCUCCGGAGAAGGCGCAGCCGGAGGCGGAGGAAGCGGCGGAGCCGUCCCGGGGGACAGACGGACGCUCCAGCCCCCCCAUCCCGGCCCCCAACCCCUCGGGGGGCUCUCCCAGCCCCUGCCGGACCCACAGCGAGACCUCCAAGCGCCUCUUCUCCAGCUUCUACUCCAAAGGGAACCACCCCAUCAUGUCCCCGCUGGCCAAGAAGAAGCUGCUGGCUCAGGUGAGCAAAGCCGAGUCCUCGCCCUGCCACAAACGCCACAACCCCGAGGGCCGGCGGGCACCGAGCGACACCGGCCCGGAGCCCCCCCUGAGCGGGCAGAGCCUCCCGGAGCCCCCGGAACCUUCGGGAACCCCGAGCGGGGGGAAGGAGGAGGCGGCCCCGGCCCGCAGCGCAUCCCCGGGCGGCGGAGACGCCCCGGGCAGCCCGGUGUUCACCGGCUACUUCCACGCCUACCGGAGCGAGGGGCUGCAGCCCGGCUGUGCCCCGCUCUGGGGGGAUUUCUCCAGCCUCAAGGAUUUUUUGGAGCCUCCUUCCACCUUCCCUGGGCGGCCCGAGGAGGCCGAGCAGCCGCAAGAGGCGCGGGGCAGAGCGGGGAGGCUGCGGGAGAAGCGGGCAGCGCUGCGGGGCUGCUGGGGCCACCACGAGGAGGAGGAGGAUGAAGAUGAGGAGGAGGAAGAGGAGGAAAGCUCCGGUCCCUCUGCCGAGUCACGCUCCGUGUCCCCCUCGGGCGGGGAGCGGCGGAUCCGCUCGCCCGGAGGCCAGCGGGGGUUGCCCAAGCCCCGAGCCGUGGUGGCCGCUCCGGCUCUCCCGGGAUCCGCUCUGCGCUUCCCCGGCGCCUUCGGGACCCCCCCGGAGCCCCCCAAAUCCCGGGGGGUUCCUCUGCUCAUCCCGGCCUUCCCCAGCCCCUUGGUGGCUCCGUUCCCCGCUUCCUUCGGGAAUUCUUUCCCGGUUUUCCCGGCCUUUCCCCGGCGCUAGCGGCCACCCCCGGGGGACAGGAGGGGACAGGAGGGGACACGAGGGGACAGGAGGGGACAGGAGGG